AUGGCUGGGAUAGGGCAAAAACGGAGUCAGACGUUCCGCCUGCUUCAAAAUUCACGGAGAACAAAAGGGAAAGGCGACGAAGAGAUUAAACCUGUCCGAGCAAAUGCACCCCCUUCAACCUGCAGAUUAGAAUUUCUCUUCCUUGACCUUGCAGAUCUUUCCACGAUUUCAACAUUUGCAAAGAACUUUAUCCAGAGAGCAGACUGGAUGUCAAUUGGAACACGCUGGCUAAGCAUCUCGUCCGAGCAUUCCUCCACUACCCACUUAGGUCAACCUCACGAUGACGAACAAAAUUACGAAGUUCAACUCGGCACCAAUUGUCUGGGCUCGGUCAGGGUAUACUGGACCUCUUCACUAAUGGCAAAAGCAAGUGUACCAAAAGGUGUGAUCAAUUUCGACGACAUCAAUGGAGAGAAGGGAGUUUCGCAGUGUGUUUUAUAUAGCCAUGGUUGGGAAUUUGCACGUUGGACCAAGGACGAGGGCUUGAUUGGUGUGGGUAUCUUCCUCCACCCGCCGAUAUUCGGUGCGUCUACAGGGCUCCUCGCCGGGCUCUACCCCGAAAUAAACUCUCAGACAAAUGGUGGCUACAUCGUUCCAUGGGGUCGUAUCGGGCAUCUGGAGAAGAAUGUCACUGCAGGCCUCAAAGAGGAAGCGGAAGGAGGUACUGGAAUUGCAAAGGAGUUUUAUGAAUGGUGCGAGAAUGAGACGAUGCCAUAUGUGUGA